UGUAUUCGGGUUCCGCAAGUUCAUCGAUUAUAACCAUAGUUGCCUUCCAAUGUAAUAUCUAAUUAAAUUAGUUAUAAUUACCUUACUUAUUCAUUUGUUUUGAUAAAAGAUUAUUAUUAUAAGUAUUAUUAAAGACUUCAGCUCAUUUUUGGAUUUUAUGCGUUUCAAUAAUUAAAUAAACGAAUAUUAUGACGUAUGACAACAUGUAUUGCGCUGCUCAGCAAAUCCGUGAUGCAUCCAAUCGAAAUCAGCGUUACAGUUGUAUAAACCAUAAAUAAUGUGAAGACUUGUUUUAACUGCUUUUGGAACUGUUCGUGUUUAUAAUAGCCUGGAAAAGUCGAUAAAAACGAAUCAAAACCGCCAUAAGUGUAAAUAUUAAUUUUAAACAGUCCGAGGAGGUGGCUGUACAAAUGGAACCGUUCUCGGACAACAAGAAAAGAUACAGCCGAGGCGCAAACGAUUACGAUGAACCCGACGAGAACGAUAAGUUAAUAACGUGCCGCAUUUGCUACGAUGAAGAAAAAAAUGAAAGUACAGUAUCGCCGUGCAAUUGUGUCGGUUCUAAUGCACAUGUCCACGUGACGUGCCUAGAACAAUGGCUGUCGGUGUCGAAGUCGAAUAGAUGUGACAUAUGCAGUUAUUCCUUCAAGACGGUCAAUCGGUCCUUGACUAUAUUCGAGUGGUUUCAGGAGAAAAGAAAUUGCCAAGGCUUCUUUGGCCAGUUCAUGGUCAUGUUUUUUUUCGUUACAAUAUGGUGCUUUGUGCUCACUGCGUGUGGAAUGAAAACCGUUGAAUAUUUCUUAGACAAAAAAGAUAAAAAUUCAUUUUACAAUGGGCUUUUAAUGUGCAUAAUCACGUUUGCAAUGACUGCAAUGUUGUGGUUUUGGCUGAUAAUUUUUUCAUCAAUAUGGAAGCGUAGGAAUAUGGUGAUACGCUUGGACAAGAAUUACUUAAACGGAGCUGAUGAUAUCAACAAUGCAUUUGCUGUCUGAUAAGACUAGCUAAUUUAUAUUUUUUAAUUUAAG